AUGAAUUUCCUGAAACUGAAGUUCAGUAGCAAAACAGAAAAAGGAAACUCAACUACUGUUAAGGAAUUCCCACGAACUGAAGAAAAUCAUAAUUUGAUAACCAAAGCCAAAAUGCAGAACAGAAGUUCAAGAAAUUCUUCCACUUCUGGUGUUUUAAUGGUUGGCCCUAAUUUUAGGGUUGGCAAGAAAAUCGGAAGUGGAAAUUUCGGUGAGAUAAGGUUGGGCAAGAACCUGUACAAUAAUGAACAUGUUGCCAUAAAAUUGGAACCGCUCAAGUCGAAAGCGCCGCAGUUACAUUUGGAGUACAGAUUCUACAAGAUGUUGGGACAACAAGAAGGUAUAGGCAAAGUAUAUCAUUUGGCUACAUGCGGUGGAAGAUACAACGCAUUGGUGAUGGAACUGCUCGGCCCUAGCUUGGAAGAUCUGUUCUCUCUUUGCAGUAGACGAUUCAGGCUCAAAACUGUCCUCAUGAUCGCAGAUCAGCUGAUUACGAGAAUAGAAUACGUGCAUAGUAAGAGACUCAUCUUCAGAGAUGUGAAGCCCGAAAAUUUCCUGAUUGGAAGGUCGAGGAACAAGAAGGAUAAGAUAAUACAUAUAAUCGACUUCGGAUUGGCCAAGGAAUACAUUGAUGUCGACACUGGAAAACACAUACCGUUCAAGGAGCAUAAAUCUCUAACCGGAACUGCCCGUUACAUGAGCAUAAACACUCAUCUGGGCCACGAACAGUCCCGCAGGGAUGAUUUAGAGGCGAUGGGCCACAUGUUCAUGUACUUUUUGAGGGGGUCGCUACCCUGGCAGGGACUCAAGGCGGAUACGCUGAAGGAGAGAUAUCAGAAAAUCGGAGAGACGAAAAGGAGCACUACAAUCGAAUCUUUAUGCGAAGGACAACCAGAAGAAUGGGCAACUUACUUGAAAUACGUCCGAAAACUGGAAUUCGCGGAAACACCUGACUACGAUUAUCUACGGAAGUUGUUCAAAGAUUUAUUCGUCAAGAAAGGUUACAAUGAAGAUGGCAUCUUUGAUUGGUCAGAUAGGGUAUCCUGGUUGAACACAGAAGAAAGAAAAGAAGUCCACAAAACCAAAACUUGA